UCCUGUCUUCUCGCAAAUGUGAAUUGAAUUAGAGAACCCUCGAGUUGACAUAUCAGACCGAGUGAGAAAGCUGUGCAUUUGGAACGUCCUGGCAUCCUACCUAGCUGCUGAUCAUCACCUGCCGCCAUGAUUUUGGAGACGAGUCUUCACGUCAGUUUCGUUCGGUACUUAGGUACCAUUGUCCUACUGUACUCUGCGCAUGUUCUAUAUCGAGGCUUAUCCAUCAGAUGGAAGUUUCGGAAGUUGCAAGCACAAGGCAUGCCUGUCCCUAAACCAUACUCUAUCCUGCUUGGUCAUAUCCCCUUGAUGAAGGCAUUACGGGAAGGACUCCCAAGUGACGCUCAUGAUACAUAUGUUGCUCGUAAAUUGAGCCUCAACUGGAAAGACUACUUCCCUGAUGCGAGUAGUCCGCCUCCUUUGGCUUAUCUGGAUCUAUGGCCCUUCUUAUCUCGGCCGCUCAUCAUGGUCUUCAGUCCCCAGGCCUGCGCUCAACUCACUCAGGACACACCACAGCCAAGACACUCGUUAAUUCGAUGGUCUCUGACUCCACUGACGGGUGGCAAGGAUUUGACAUCCGUAGAUACGUCCACUCACCGAGUGUGGCGUUCUAGGUUAAACCCAGGCUUUUCACCAAAGAAUCUGAUAUCGCAGAUGGAUAUGUUGCUUGAGGAGGUCACGAUUUUUGUACAAAAGUUGAAAGCUAAAGUAGGAGAGAAUAAAAAUUGGGGAGACUCGUUUACAAUUUAUGAAGAUGUUGUGAGUUUGACGUUUGACAUCAUUUUUCGAAGUGUUUUAGACUAUAAAACCAAUGAACAGACCAAAGGCUCAGGCCCUCUCUUCGGAUCCAUGAUGCAGCUGAUCAAAUAUGUGAAGAAACCAAACCUGAUGUCGAAGCUCGAGCGUUGGUUGCCCGCUUAUAGAAACGAUGUUUCCCACGGCACAAAGACUAUCAACGACAUAUUAGUGCCUCAUAUUCAAGCACGCAUCGCAGAUAAAGUCAAGACGGAUGGUCGCAAAACGGUUGUCGAUCUUUGUCUCGAACAUAUUCCGGCAGAAUCCAACGAGAAGAAACCCGUGCAGGCUAGUUUAGAGUACAUCGAACUUGUUUUGUCUCAGGUUAAAGUAUUCAUCCUGGCUGGACAUCACACAACCGCUCAAGCAAUAUGCUGGGUGCUCUACGAAAUCCACAAGUAUCCAGAUGUACUUCAGCAGCUCCGUUCCGAGCAUGACGAAGUUCUGAGCUCCAACCCCGAGCAGGCUGCUGAGAUACUCUCGAAACAGCCACAUAAAUUGAAAGGCCUGCACUACACCCACGCUACUAUCAAAGAGACACUUCGAGUACAUGCUUUGGGCCAGACACAUCGUGAAGGAAGCCCUGGCUUUAAUUUUCUAAUCGACGAUAUCGUUUAUCCUACGGAAGGCAUGAUCAUACAAACCGUGCCUGCUGCUACUCAAGCACGCCCAGAUCUCUGGCCUCGCGUCAAGGAGUUUUUACCGGAACGCUUUCUCGUUGCCGAAGGCCAUGAUCUUUAUCCACCUAAAAAUGCUUGGCGACCAUUCGAGUUGGGAAACACAAGAUGCAUUGGUGAAGAACUGGCUAUGAUGGAAAUCAAGCUCAUCCUAGUCCUCACCCUGCGGAACCUUGAAUUUGAUUUCACUUCGAAAGAAUUAAACAAGCUACAGGAGGGGGAAAGCACACCCGAUACGGUAGAUGGUAAUCGUGUAUAUCGUGUUGGAAAUGGUCUUGGCUACAUCAAGGAUAAUUUGAUCACCUCUGUAAAGCUUAGAUGAAUAUCAACUUUACAGAAGCAACCCUAAGCGUUGUCCUCUAAUCUCUUUUAGGCUUGAUUUUGAAUAAUGAUAGAAAAGUAUAGUCGAUCGAAUUCAAUCAAAUCUUUAAUAAUCUUUCA